AUGAAGUUCCAGCUCUUCACCGCCGCCAUCUUCGCCACCCUGGCCAUCGCCGGCCCGGUGGUCUCUGAGGCCACCGAGGAACGCGACAUCACUGCCCGCGGCGCUGCUGAUACUGUCAGCCUGACCGAGGAGACAGAGCUCGCCCUCGAGCUGGCACUGACCGAGAUCUUCUCCAUCCCCGACGAGGUCCUCCUCAAGGGAGACGAUGCCACCAACGCCUGGCUCAUCGAGAACGGCUUCCGCGACGGCGACAAGAGCGUCAAGGAGGAGAGGGACAACGGCGCCCCCAUCUCAGCCCGCAGCGAGGACACCUCGCUCGCCAUCCUUGAGCGCAGUGAUCUCGAGGCUCGUGGGCCCCUUGCGGUCGCCAGGUGCGUCUAUGCGAUCACCAAGGCCAUCGCCACGACUUUCAUUCCCGCCGCCAAGUAUCUCAGGAUCAAGAAGUACCUCAAGAAGCUUGGUGGCGUCAGGAAGACUGUUCUGCUCCUCGUCCGUGCCAAGACCAAGAAGCAGAGGCUCCGAAUUGGCGGCACUGCCCUUGUCAACGUUGCCAACGAGCUUUUCGGCAUCCAGUCCAUCAAGAGGGCCUGCUCCAACCUCUGA